AUACUAUAACAGGAUACUACAUUCUUACAAGUUACAUCUACAUCCCCAGCUCAACCUAUUAGUUUUUCUUUUACAAACAAUCAAUCUCAAUUUUUAAUUUUGUACGGACAUUGAGAUUUUGAGUGAAAAACGAAUAAAGUUCGGUCAUCACUUUGCGAGAAUUUGAUCAUGUACAACUCUAGAGAAAUGGAUAGUCUUCUGUUUUCAUCGAAUUUCAGGUUCGCAACAGCAGCAGAAUUUACGAAACCUAAAGAUUUAAUGCAUUCGGAGCUGAAAAAUUACAGAAGCCGUGAUUUCGAAACGACGGGACAGAGGAAGGAAGAAGAGCAGAGCAGUGACUGUUUCUUGGAGGCUCUUUGUGCUGAUACUGUUGGUGGACAACCUGGUAGGGCUGAUUACUUGGACAUGAAGGCUUCGAAUAUCGAGGAGGUGGAUUUUAAUGCGAGGUUUGGCGCUGGUGAUUCUAAGGUCAAUGGAGGCGAGAAGGAAGUUGUGGCGGAUUCUGGUUAUUUGGUUGCUUGUGGUGCGGGGAAUAUGUAUAGUGAUAAUAUGAGUCAAGUGAAGAGUCAGAAGAGUAUUAGUAGUUCGAAUUGCUCGAAUUUGAUUCGACAUAGCAGUUCUCCUGCUGGAUUUUUCGCAAAUUUAGCUGAUGAAAUUGGAUUCACUGAGACGAACGAUGUUGGAAAUUUCAGAUCUGGUAGGGAGACUAAUACAGAAUUGAAUUUCAAAUCCGGUAGGCUGGGCGAUUAUAUUGACAUCUCAUCUAAACGGUCUUCUCACUCGAGGUUUAUGCCUCAGAUUGCUGAAAGUUUAGAUGAGAAAAUUGAAAUUAGUGAUGGGUACUUGGCCAAUGGACAGCAUGGAGGAGAUUCAAAUAGGCUUUACGUCCCCAAUUUACAGAAUGAUUCUACCUGCAACAGCUUAAAAAGGUACAGAGAUGGUGAAGGGAAGAUGUUAGCCGAUAUGAACGCAAUGGAUACACCGAAUGAUGAUCCGAAGCAUUACACUUCUGGUUUACUUCACCAGCUGAGCUUGCCAAACACUUUUGCUGAAAUAACAACGAUGGAGAACUUUGUGAACUUUCAACAAGACUCCACUCCUUGUAAGAUCCGCGCCAAAAGAGGCUUCGCCACUCAUCCACGAAGCAUUGCAGAGAGGGUGAGACGAACACGGAUAAGUGCCCGAAUGAAGAAGCUCCAAGAUCUUUUCCCCAACAUGGACAAGCAAGCAAAUACAGCUGAUAUGCUAGACUUGGCCGUUGUCUACAUCAAGGACCUCCAAAAAGAAGUGCAGACUCUGAACGAGACUCGGGCCAAGUGUACAUGUCCGAGUAUCCGAAAAUGAAGCCUGAGCACCUCUCAUCACUCAUAGUCCAUUAGAUACCAGAAGAAUAUGGAUUGUAAAAAACAGAACCAGAUGGUUUCAAUUAAUAAUGUAACUUCCAUAAGUUGUUUUGCUUACUCGAGAUAUUGAUUCGAUAUAAAUAAAGAGAAUAUCCACCAAAAUCUUUAUAUAAUUA